AAGCAUCUCUGUUUUCUAGGACUCUAGCAUAGAUAUAUUUCGUAUGUCUAUGGUCAGUGGCAGAUGCCAUAUUAAAAGAAGUUGGCGGGAAUGUGUCAGGAAGGCGGGACAUAUGUGUGAACUGUAAACUCGUUACUUGAUCGAGAGAACUUCUUUCGCAGAUCCUGCCGUUCCGAUCCUUCUCGCGAUGGCCCGCAAAGCCCGCAAACGACGUCACGUUAACCCUGACACCCGGAGAUUAAGGAACGAACAGGAAGAAAGCGAUUCAGAUUGCAGUAGAAAGAAAAUACUUAAGAGAAGUGAAAACGGUAACGUAGAUGAAGUCGCAGAAGAAGCUGAAUCAAAUUCCAAAAUUAAUUCCGUUCCAUCUGCAAAGAAAAAGGUGAUGGAUACUGAAACAAGUGUGGAGACGACAUUGUCUGAUCUUCAUGAGGUCGAAACGAAAACAGAUGGAAAAGUUACUUCAGAAUUUAAUAAGGAAAAUCAUGAUCCAGAAAUAAAUCAGGAAGAGAUAAAAGAGACUCCAGAGAAGAGAACAAAAACAGAAAGUAAAAAGAAUUUGGAAUUAAAAUCUCAAGAUAAAAAGGCGACUGUUGCGAUAGAGCGAUGUCAGUACUGUAAACAGAAAUUGACAAAUGACGUAAAAUUAUAUCAAGGACACCCAAAUGGUGCAAUUGAGGAGCAGAUAGCUUUGACUGAUCCCAAGUUGUGUUUAUUUAUUGGAGAUGAAUCUUUUAUAGACGAAAGCGAUGAGAGGCCACAAAAUAAAUUGACUCAUUUUAG